AUGUUGCAAGACAGUGAUAAAUACAAACAAUUCACAACGCAAAUAUUAACAAUUAUUCUUGACAUUUUGAAUGGAGAAUCAGCUCCAUCAAAUUGCCUCAAUGUUCUUGAACAAAAGAAUUCGAUUACUAUACUUCUCCAAUACACAAAUUCAACUUCUCCACAAAAUCGAAUUUUAGUUUUAAGAAUUCUGUCUCAGCUUGCAAUGCAUCAGCUAGAACUACUUCAGAGCGUUUUGAUAUCUACAGAAGAUCAUCUUCCUAGCUUAUUAUCUCUGAUUCACGAUAAAAAUAAAAUAAUUCUCCAAGAAUUUCUCGAUUUCGUUUGCGUUUCUAUAGAAAAUAACCCGAAUUUCCAACAGAUAGUUGCAUUUAACAUCUUAGAUUCACUCGUUUCGUUACUCAGACAAGGAAAUGACAAAACAUUUUCAGCAUUGAUCGCUAUUCUACGGAAUAACUCAAUUUCACAAACAAUGUUCUACUCAAGUGGCUACAUCGAUGCUGUGGCUCCUUAUGUGAGGUCUAAAACCUCUUCUUCACUUUCAUUUCUCAGAUCUCUUUUCCAAGACGAAAGUUUUCCAAAGCACCAGAAAAAUCUCUUAUCUACAACUUUCUUUGCAGCUCUGCUCGAAGUUUCUAUCGAUGAUUUAAGGUUUUUGGAAAUUUUAUCUCUUGCAACGCAUAAUUCUAAAGAACUCACCGACAAAGUUACAGAGAAAGGGACACUAUUGGAAAUAGUACAAAAAAUGUUCGAUAAUCUUGCAGACGAACACUUAAAAUUUGUUCAAGAUUUUGAUGGAAAAAGUGACAUUUGUAAACUCAUUUCAGAAAAUUUUUCAAAAAUCAAUGACGAUAAUUUAUCAAAUAUUUUGAGGAUUUGUGAAGUUUUAGACAUUUAUGAUAAUGAUUGCAGGUUAGUUUUUUCCAAAAAAGACGAAAAAGGAGAAUCAUUUUUAAAUAAAAUUCUGCAGAUGCUGGAAGGACCAAAUAUGUCAACAAUAUUAGUGUUCCUAGCUGUGGAAUGUUGGGAAUGCAACUCUGCUUGUUACAAUUUCUUCGAUGAUUCAACAAAAAUCGGAAAUACUUACAAAUACUUGGAAAUUGUUUGUGCAGCAGAGAAUAUUUCGAUGAAUUCAUUAUCCCUGUUCUCUUCUUACAUGAUUUUGGCUUCUUUGAUGCAGUUUUCUGAUAAUUACAUUCCAAAUGUUGUUUCUUUGAUAUCAAAGGAAUCAUUGAUAUCAAAAAUUGUUCAACUAAGAACAACUGUUGAAAAUGAAUUCAAAGAUAAUGAAAUCGCUCAUUAUUUAAUACAAAUUUCUUUUAACUUUGUUGGAGAUUCACCAAAAAUAGAAGAAGAACAAAAAAUUAUUGAUCCAAACGAAAAAUUACAAGAAGAACCAGAAGAAAUCAAAGAAAUUAAACCAAAUCAAGAAAAUUUGAAUCCAAAAACUGAAGAAAAACAAGAAAUUCUUAAUACAAAAAGUGAAAUAAAACCAAUAAAUUUGAAUCCAAAAAGUGAAGUGAAAGAAGAAGAAACGAAAGAAGAUAUUAAUAAAGAAAAUGAAGAAGAAACAGAUUCCAAUUUAUAUCGAAAGUUUAUUAUAGAAAAAAGUAAGAGACAAGAAGCAGAAAAACGAUGUGAAGACUUACAGAACCAAAUAAAAUACAACACAGAUGAAGAAUCAAAGAGAAUUCAGUCAAUUCAAAACACUUUUUCAUCAGAAUUGGAAAAGAAACAGAAUCUAAUCCAGAAAUUGGAAUCACAAAUAGACACAAUCACAAUAAACUCACAGAAAGAAAUAUCAGACCUCAAAAAGAAACAAAUGCAGUUGGAAAACCAAAAUCUCCAAGAAAUGUCAAAAAUAAAAAGUUCUCAAAAUUCAGAAAUUUUGAAAAAAUGUUCUGAAUUGAAAGAAGAAGUGAACAAAGUCAGGAGUGAAAUAGAACUAUUUGAGAGCAGCAACAAAGCAUUGCUGGACUCCAAACUCGAUGAACUUUCCGAGAUGA